AUGCAAGUGGAUUGUACUGACCGAGGCACGUCGCCACCAGCAGCUGGCAGCAAAGCUGUGGGAUCGCCAACGUACGACACGGCGACCGUCAUCCGCAACUGCGGUGACAUCCCACCCAAGGCUACGGUGCACGCCGGCGGAGCUCUCAAGUUCCUUGGGGACAUUGACUGCGGCAAGACGUCGAAGACGAUCGAAUUCAUGAGCGGGGACACGGAAAUCCGCUCGCCCACGUCCAUCACCACGAUGGGGCUCACGCUGAUCGUACACCCAGCGGCCCGCCUGACGAUCCAAGCCCCCACGGUGUCCUUGGCAAGGACUGAGGCUAUGCAGGACGACCCAGUCCUCGUCUUGCUGGGCUCCAUCGACUUUCAGGUUACGACCUGGCUUGAGCAGCCGUUCGAUGGCACUAUGCUGGACGAACGAGGUGUCGUGUGGGUCGGAGACCAGGGCGUAGUCCUGGCGGACAACAGCAAGGUCACAUACACGGCCACAUCCGUCGUUGUGUCUGCUUCGAAGAACGUGGCCGACCCCGUUGCUUCCUCCGAAGAAGCCUCCUUCCACAAGUCCGACCCCGCGCCGUCCUCCGCUGCCGCCGCCCCUAAGGACGGCGAUGGUGACAAGAACGUCCCGGUCGAUGAUGUCAUUCCCACUACCACGGCCACACCCACUCCUCUUUCAUCUUCUGCUGCUGCCAACCCGAGCACUUCGGAUCGCGCGAAGGCUGACCGCAAAAAAGCCGCUGCUACGAUCAUGGUCACAGAGCUGAUGGACAGGGCCCGCGAACGUCACAAUCUGCGCAGCACGAUCCACAACGGCGGCAAGACCGAGGGCGAUGACGAAGGCAAGGGUGCUUCGCCUGUUCCUGAAUCUAUCUCGGGGGCCGCCGCAGAAAACCAAGCGCCGAAGCAGCAGGAGGAUCAACAUCACGAGACGGCCAUGGUGUACGCCACCUCCAUCGACGGCUCCGUCGUGCACGCCACGGCCACCGGAACGCCGCCGGGGGACCUCGAGGACCGGAGCAUCGACCCGGUGUCGCAGACGAGGCGGACCCUGCUAGAGGCCAACCCGCAACGCAUGUCGAUUGUCGAGGGGCUACGAGCUGAAAUCGUGGCAGAGACAGAGGAGGCAGAGAAGGCGGCGGUCGAGGGCCAGGGUCUGAAGAGGUCGAAGAUGGUCACCGUCUUGGGUUUUCUUCCCUUCGGAAAGCACGGCUUCCGCCGGCGACGAGCGAGGGAGCGCGCGGCUGCACACUUAGGGGAGGCGGCGCUCUCCGUAACGAACAAGGGAGACCUGGAGGUCUCGGUGGACGGAUCCAUCGUCCUUCGAAAAUCCGGGCCGUCCUGGUUCGGGUUUCGAAAGAAAGACUCCACGUACGAGGUCCGUGUUACGGAGGACGGGGUUGUGGUGUCGCGAGGCGGCAAGUACGACUGGGGCAUCCAGGCCCGGGAACCUCUAGCGCAAGUCGUCCCAGCCACCACUUGUUUCUGCGAUAUGUACCCAGAUGUUUGA